AUGUCGACCUCAUCUCUACUUCACACGGCGCUACAAAACCUACAUGUAUCACAACAACAACAACAUUUACAAUCAUUCACACCUCAAGCACCCUCAUCUCCAGGAUCAACCAAUGGUUCAAGAGAUAAUUCUCCUAUCCCAUUCUCAGAUGACGAAACGGAUGACGAUGAUGAGUUGGUGAAUGUUGGAAAAGGUACAAGACCAUCAACACCAACUACCACAAAAGGUCUAAUGUUAGGUCAGCGAUUACCAAGUAAUCUAGGUGGUAAAAACGCUGUUGAUCCUCUUCGAACACUCCCCACACAUAUAGCCGUUAGAGUAUUAAUACAACUCGAUGUUCGAUCUUUGGCGAGAUGUGACAGAGUGUGUAAACGAUGGCACAAAUCCUCGACGAUGAAUUAUGUAUGGUUCCUGCAUAAUCGAGCAUUGGUCCUCCCCAAAUUACUUCUACCCGACGCACCAGGGGGUAAAACGAGAAGAGUCGAUAACGAGAUUGAAUUUUUCGACCCAUACGAUAAAACACCUAGAUUAUCUGCAUUACCCACUCCACCAAUACCAAAUUCCCAAACACCAGUAUGGACCAAGAUAGAAUCCAAGAAAUCAUGGAGAAAAGUAUUCAAAGGGACAUUCCAACGAUCUGAUCCUAACGCUGAACCUGAAGUGGAUUCAAGACGAGUUGAUAUAUCAUCAUUACAAACUUCAGGAUAUACCACUCCGAACUCUGGACAUGCGUACAAAGGUCUAGGUUCUGGGAAUGCCGUUAAAUGGGCUAUGGAAGAUGCGGAAGGUUCAUUAAGCUCAACAGAAAGGAAAGCCCAAGCUAGAGAGAACUAUAAAUCGCUAGGGGGAAGAAAGAGUAAAAGUAAAAGAAAAAUGGGUGGUACUUUGGGUGGUAAAGAUAAAGGAGGUGCGGUGGAUGAUGGCAGAUUUGAAGCUCCAUGGUGA